CAGCUUAGUAUUUGGUGUGAACGGGAUAAAUUUGAAAAGACGUUUUAAAAAAGCAUGCGUUAAAACUUUAUGUGGAACAUUCUUAAUUGCUUUUUUGGCAAUAUUUUAUCGCAUAAAAUAAUUUGAUCAGUUCAUUUAAACGGCUCACAGAUGAAAAAAAGUGAAUUUUACUUAUCGUUUAUGCUGUGGUAUGUUUUCUUCCAAAUUGAUGGCACUACAGGUAACUGGGAAGAAUGGUGGACAUACGAUGGAAUAUCGGGUCCAGAUUUCUGGGGUUUACUAAACCCUGAAUGGAGCUUGUGUACAAAAGGAAGGCGCCAAUCGCCAGUUGAUUUGAAUCCAGAACAAAUUCUCUACGAUCCAUAUCUCAGACCCCUUAACAUCAGCAGUCAUAGGGUGAGUGGAGUGUUGUCGAACACGGGACACAGUGUUGCUUUUCGAGUUUCCAAUUUGCAUCCAAGCAUGCCAAUCAAUAUCAGUGGUGGACCUUUAUCGUACAAAUACAGAUUUCAUGAGCUACAUUUGCAUUAUGGACGCACAGACGACAGAGGAUCUGAACAUACUGUGUCUGGUAGUAAUUUUCCAGGAGAGGAGAAACUAAGUCGAAAUCAGCGAGAACUGCUGGUAGCAUUUUUAGCCACUGCUCUAUUUGAAGCGCCAGUUAGAUCUGCUGCUAAAGCUGUCUUUCAAUACGAUAGAGAAGAACCACUACUGUGCCGCAGCUCAAGGCAGACUACUGUGCAGCAUCAGGAAGUAGAAUCUCUGCUACUACGGUGCGAAAUCGUCAUCACAAUGCAGGUCUAUGUGCAAGACGAUCAGUUAUUUGUGUUCCCCUCAACGGACCGCAGCGAAGGAUCCACAUAUGCUGGACAAGACAACAUGUUUAAUGAACCCAGCAGCAAUAGGCUCUUGUGCCUGUGUUCACAGACGAGUCCAGAUUUACAUUAG